AUGGACCAUACUGAUGCACAGCUGAUGUUGACAUUGUUAACAUUACUCGCGAUCUUCUGGAUUCAAAUAGUACAAUGCGGAAGCAAGAAAAAGGAUGGUGAAGGUGAAGAUGAAGAUGAGGGGAAGGGAAGUAAAGCCUCCUCCAAAAAGAGUAAAAAGUCAAAAUCGUCCAAAAAAUCGAAGAAACGCAAAAAAGGCAAAAAAGGAGAGUCGGAGACUGAAGAAAAGCACUCAGAUGAAGGCGCAGGUGGUCCUCCACCUCCGGCUCCCAGAGCUCCUCAAGUUGGAGGAAUUGCAGGAACGCAUGAUCCAAACUACCAAACGCUUGCUAAUAUUGGGGGAGAUAUUUUUGGAGCCGACAAAAAAGGUGGCACUCCUAUUGAGAAGCCGAAAGCACCCGCUGCUGGAGGGAUGGCUGGUACGCACGACCCCAACUACCAAACACUUGCUGGAAUAGGCGGAGACGUCUUUGGCGCGGAUAAAAAAGGAGGGCCAGGAGGUGCGGGAGGUACUGGACAGGGAGCAAAACCACAGGUUCCUCCCAUGGGUGGGAUAGCAGGAACUCAUGAUCCCAACUACCAAACGUUGGCAGGGAUAGGAGGUGACGUGUUUGGUGAGGACAAGAAGAAGGCUGCGAACAAUCCACUGGGGCCAAAGCCGGGAGCUGGAGGAAUGGCUGGUACCUUUGAUCCGAACUACCAAACACUUGCGGGAGUUGGUGGCGAUGUUUUUGGAGCAGACAAAAAAGCUGCUGAAGGUGGUGGGGGCGGAGGAAAGCCUCAAGCCCCCGCAAAUCAAGGUGCAAAAGCUGGAACGUUCGAUCCCAACUACCAGACUUUGGCCGGCAUUGGAGGAGACGUGUUCGGUGCUGAUAAAAAGGGAGGAGGAGGAGGCGGGGGAGGAAAACCACAGGCACCACAAAAUCAGGGAGCGAAAGCUGGGACUUUUGAUCCGAAUUAUCAAACUUUGGCCGGCAUUGGAGGGGAUGUGUUUGGUGCCGACAAGAAACGAUAA